CCCAGCAUCAGAUGUACCCCCAACAGUACCUCCUCACGCUCUCACUCCCUCUCUUUCUCUCAUCUCGCCCGCCCAAGGUAGGUAGACUGAACCCUCUCCCAUGCUUUCGCAUGGAACAUUGCUCCGGGUUGUCCUCUGUUCCACCGCACGCCCAGCCAGUUCACAGCCUUUUUCUUCCUCUCCACGCUGCUCCGCACCUCGAGACUGAUACCCAGUCGUUUCUCCCGAGCACGUACCCUUGGAUUGUAUAAGACUUGGAUACCGCCCUGUUCCACACUUUGCCUCCUCAACUUCCACACACCCUUUUGGUCCCUCGACCGACGAGCUCCUUCAGAAAACGCAACCAUCUUAGGACACCACGAUAAACCCGUACGACUCAUACGUCUCCAUACUCCCAAGUUAAACACUAGGUUUCGACCAACCUCAUCGCGAUAUCAGGUGAUUCCGGCUUCAAGGUUCUAGCCACAACGAAGCCUAUCACCGCAAGUGAACAGAAGCUUCAAUAUAUUCCUGCACCCCGCAUCAGCUACCUCUCUGGCCAAGCCACCUUUGACACCAUUACCACUCAACCAUCUAUAAUACUCGUCGAUCUCCGAAUCCUCGACGUCAACGAAAAUGCCGAAGCGCUCCUUGGACGCCAGCAACCUGUCGCCUACGAUGCAGACUGAACGGGCACAGAAGAAGACAGAGAGAUCUCAUGAAGAGAACCAAGAGCGCGCUUACAUUGCCGCCUCGCGGCGGGCGGACCGCAGUAUCGAAGCCCGUGUGCAGUCCGCCAAGAUGGCGAGCGAGAUCCACAAGAAGCGCACCGGCAAGGGAUUCAAGAUCUCUGAAGCGAUUGUGCAGGCGGAGGAAAUGUACGAAGAGGAGGAGGACGACAUGCCCCGCUCCUACCGCAUGCUGGCUGCUCAUCUUCAGACCGGUUCCCCAGAGUUCGACUACCGUGUCAAUGCCUUUUUGGCUAACAGAGUAGCCAUGGCGAGCAUGGUGGCUGGGCUCCGCAACGAGGAAUGGGCUCAAAACCCAAUCAACAAGAUGUUUGCCGAACAGUUCCCCAACGCCAACAAGCAAGCACAGGCAUUGUCUCGUAACAUUACGAACUCAAUGUACUCCGUCCCCGGGCAACGUUCCAUGUCGCUGUCGCAGCCCACUCAGCCCGAAAACGCGGUUACUAGCCCCAUAUCACCAACCUUCUCGUCAGUAAACUUCCAGCCCGAGACCCAGCGAUACCAGCGCCAGAGAACACAGUCAGUGGCGUCGCCCAUGGACAUGGCCACACCGGUAGCGCGUGAUCACCCUCAGUCGCCGCCAGCUUUGUCGCCGUCAUCAGACGCUGCGGCCGGCACCCCCUCGACGAGAACAGCCUCGACUUUCCCUUCGCCCAUGACGACAAUCGAUCACAGCCUCUUUUCCCCUGAGUCAUCCUUCACCGCUGAGCUGCCUAUGGAUGCGAAGAUGAUGGUACCCAACUUGGACAUGAACGAUCCGAUGGCUCAAAUGUUCAUGGGCAAUCCGUUACAGCAGCAGAUGUACUACCCAGACACUCAUUCGAUGGCCGACCUGAAACAUGAGCAGCACUUGAAUGAGCUUACGCUUUCUUCGCACGAGUACUUCAACGGACACGUGAACCCUUAUGCGUCUCGGUUUGAAGAGCCCAGAAGCGAUGAUGCAACCCCAGGCCCCGUUAGUGACAAUUGGGACGCCUUUCUUGACUUUGGUGAGCAGUCCGACACUGGCGCCAUUGAUCCGACAUUGUAGUCGGCAUACCACAACGUGUAUUUUGACACGAAGCAUUGAUGGAAGUAAUGAGGAAGAAGCGUCCAAAGGAAGGACAAGCAGAAGUGGUAUGAUAUGAUGAAGGGACCCUGGCUGGUUCAUGAGCAUGACUUUUUAGAGUACGCAUUGCAUCGGUCGGGCCAAAAAAGGCGGCAUGGAAUACCCAUGGGAAAGGCACUUGGUUACUUCUUCGGCGUUAUGGUACGGGAAAUCUCCCCGAUUUUGCUUUUUUAUCGUUUUACUUUUUCCUGUUCACAAUGUCCGAUAUUUUAUGGACGAAAGGGGCCUGUAUGUCCUCAAAACAUGUUUUCCUUAUGUUGGGAGUCGUCGAUGUUUGGAACUUGCACGCCAGGAAUUUGGCCUCUGUAUGUUCGCUUGGGAACGAGAACACAGGAUUCGCGAGAGAGCACCAAAGACGGAAGAAUUUGGGAAGGAAGAUGAUAUCCAGGGAGGCGUGGAUGGCAAGGGAAGAGACGCCGAGAGAAGAGGACGAUGGAUACGAAAACCCUGAAGUUGACGAAAUAGUUGUUGGCAGGCCUCGCCUUACGGUGGUUCAGCGGAAGCAAGUGCUGGUAAGAGGCACGAAUCUGACCAGGGUUUGGUUCAGCCGAGACUGCAAAAAAAUAAGAAAAGAAGA